GGACAAAGGAAUCUGGGAGCGAGAGAGAUGUCGCGGGGAACCAGGAGGACUCGUCGCGCGGUGACUCUCUGGCCCGAAGCCGACAACCUCUCUGUGGUUUCCGGAGGAUUGGGUGGGCCCAGUACUGGAGGUAAGGAGGCGGGGCAGGCGGGGCUAGCCUGGAUUAUCUGGAAAACCUCUGACCCCACGCUCCGGUCAUUUCUUUAUCAGGCUGCCUUAUCUUGUGCUACCCCUACCAUGCGCGGCCGCAGCAGCUCGGGAAGUCCUCCUUGAGGUCUAAUCUGAGAUCUUCUUGCUGCAGGGCAGUAUUAUAGCGGACUGUAUUUUCAUCUUUGAGGUUCCGCUUCUUUCUGCCCGCAGAGGGCCGCUCCCUGACCCCUUCUCAGCCUCUGCCACCUUGGGCUGCUUUUCUCAGCCAGAGAAAGCAAGUGGCCGAGCAGAGUCAAAGGCCAGGCCAGACCCGGCAGGCCUGCCUCCUUGCCCAUACCCCCUCGCAUGGACUCUGACCCAGGACCGGGGUCUUGAUAACACAGCAGAGGACUGGCGGAUGAAUGGGUGCCUCGAAGCAGAAGAGCAGUGCGACCAGGGGCCAGACCAGUAGCUGACCUGGAGCUCAGGCCACAGGCCUAGGACUGCCCUGGAAGGGGCCGAGGCCAUGGCCCCGCUGCCGCCACCACCCCUGGCCGCCAGCACUCCGCUCCUGCACGGCGAGUUUGGCUCCCACCCGGCCCGAGGCCCGCGCUUUGCCCUCACUCUCACACCGCAGGCCCUGCACAUACAGCGGCUGCGUCCGAAGCCUGAGGCCAGGCCCCGGGGCGGCCUGGUCCCACUGGCCGAGGUCUCAGGCUGUUGCACCCUGCGGAGCCGCAGCCCCUCAGACUCGGCGGCCUACUUCUGUGUCUACACGUACCCGAGGGGCCGGCGCGGGGGCCGGCGGAGGGUCACACGCACCUUCCGGGCCGAUGGGGCAGGCACCUAUGAGGAGAACCGGGCGGAGGCCCAGCGCUGGGCCACUGUCCUCACGUGUCUGCUCCGUGGACUGCCGCUGCCGGGGGACGGGGAAAUCACCUCCCAUCUCCUGCCCAGGCCACCUCGAUUGCUUCUAUUGGUCAAUCCCUUUGGUGGGCGGGGCCUGGCUUGGCAGUGGUGUAAGAACCAUGUGCUGCCCAUGAUCUCUGAAGCUGGGCUCUCCUUCAACCUCAUCCAGACAGAACGACAGAACCACGCUCGGGAGCUGGUCCAGGGACUGAGCCUGCGUGAAUGGGAUGGCAUUGUCACAGUCUCUGGAGAUGGGCUGCUGUAUGAGGUGCUGAACGGGCUCCUAGAUCGCCCCGACUGGGAAGAGGCUGUGAAGACGCCUGUGGGCAUCCUGCCCUGCGGCUCAGGCAACGCCCUGGCUGGAGCUGUGAACCACCACGGAGGGUUUGAGCAGGCCCUGGGUGUCGACCUGCUGCUGCACUGCGCCCUGCUGCUCUGCCGGGGCGGCUGCUGCCCACUGGACCUGCUGUCUGUGACGCUGGCCUCGGGCUCCCGCUGCUUCUCCUUCCUGUCUGUGGCCUGGGGCUUCGUGUCAGACGUGGACAUCCACAGUGAGCGCUUCAGGGCCUUGGGCAGUGCCCGUUUCACACUGAGCACGGUGCUGAGCCUCGCCACACUGCACACCUACCGUGGACGCCUCUCCUACCUCCCUGCCACUGUGGAGCCCGCCUCACCUACCCCUGCCCACGGCCUGCCCCGGGCCAAAUCAGAGCUGACCCUGGCGCCUGUCCCAGCUCCACCUGUGGCCCACUCACCCCUUCAUCGCUCCGUGUCUGACCUGCCCCUGCCGCUGCCUCAGCCUGCCCUGACCUCCCCAGACUCCCCUGAACCACUGGCCAUCCUGGCCCUCAAUGGCGGGGGCCCAGAGCUGGCCGGGGACUGGGCUGGGGCUGGAGAUGCUCCACUGUCCCCAGACCCACUGCUGCCGUCUCCACCUGGUUCCCCCAAGUCAGCUCUACUCUCACCCAUCAACGAGGGGGCCCCAGAAACGACAGCAUCCCCGGGGCUCCUGUCCAGUGACCCAGUAGCUGCCUCUACUGGGGGUCCCCCAGACGACCUGCUCCCUCCUCUGGGUGCCCCACUACCCCCAGGCUGGGUGACGCUGGAGGAGGACUUCGUGCUGGUCUUGGCUAUCUCACCCAGCCAUUUGGGGGCUGACCUGGUGGCAGCCCCCCACGCACGCUUUGACGAUGGCCUGGUGCACCUGUUUUGGGUGCGUGGCGGCAUCUCGCGAGCUGCACUGCUGCGCCUUUUCCUGGCCAUGGAGCAGGGUAGCCACUUCAGCUUGGGCUGCCCACAGCUGGGCUACUCGGCGGCUCGUGCCUUUCGCCUGGAGCCACUCACACCUCGUGGGGUGCUUACGGUGGAUGGGGAGCGGGUGGAGUAUGGGCCCCUGCAGGCACAGGUGCAUCCGCGUCUUGGUACACUGCUCACUGGACCUCCUGGCCGUCCUGGGCGAGAACCUUGAACCUCGCAAAACUUGGAAACCGGUACGGGUGGGGGCUACAUUCCAAGGGGGCGGGGCCUGGGCUCAGGGGUGUGACCUGGCAGCUAGAGUUCGGGUGGAGGUGCAGCGCCUGUAGUUCUGGCUCAGGACUGCGCCCUCACCCAGAGGACCAGAGGAGAUGCUGGAGGGUGACCCAAAUGUUAGGGGGUGGGGGCCAUCAGGAUCACAGGAAGUUGGACUCGCCUGGGAGGGUAGAACUCAGUCCAGACCUACGCUUCCGGCACAUUAAAAAACAGGUCGUCUGAGGGCGGGGCUUAACAUGUCGUCCAAUGAUGAGGCCUGGAAUGCACGGGCUGGCCAUUCAGGAUCUCUCCCUGUCGACUCCGGUGCCUCUAUUUAACUGGCCAAUCAGCCCUGGAGGGGCGGGUUCCCCGGGGCCGACGCUCGCAUUUGCACUACAGUUCCUCCCUGCCCCGCACGUUAGUGCAGGCAGAGUUCAUUGCCCGUGUUCUGUGUCCUGUGCAUUUCCUGAACCCAAUCUUCAAAGCACUUGAAAAGGUCUAUGCAAUAAAGGUAGUCGCUUCAUUCCUUUUA